GACUCGUCAAAUUUCGCAGGCAGAUUUAAUUUCCGAAAAUAAAGAUGAACUUCAAAGAGAUGAUUAUGAAAGUCUUUGACCAGAAUCGGCAAAUCGCAUUAUGCGCUGCAGGCACAACUGUUGCUCUACUUGGACUCGGUGUCGUGUAUAAAUAUAUGCGUCAGGAGAAAAAGUUAACCCGAGUUGGAGUUGUUACUCAGCUGCUGGUUCAUCCGAUGAAGUCUGGGAAAGUGGUGUCGGUAGAGACAGCAGAAUGUCUGCGAAUGGGGCUGAAAUAUGGCGAACUGCGGGAUCGUCACUGGCUGGUCAUCACAGAGGAUGGACACAUGGUGACGGGCAGACAGCAGCCUCGUCUGGUGUUGGUGUCUUUGAGCUGUGAGGGGGGGCAGCUGUGUCUUAACGGACCCAAGAUGGAGGAGUUGAGGGUUCCUCUUCACCAGCCCAGUAAUGCAGUUGUGGACUGCAGAGUCUUUAGUAUAGACGUUCAGGGCAGGGACUGCGGGGACGAUGUGUCUGACUGGCUUACUCGAUACCUGGAAUCAGACAAGACCGUUCGCCUGGUGCAUUUUGAACCUCAUCUAAAGGCCCAGAGACCUUCUGAGAAAGAUCCCCUCUAUCCUAAGGACGAAAAGGUGGCCUAUCCUGAUGCUGCUCCCAUCAUGCUAAUGUCGGAGGCCUCUGUUAGGGACCUGAAUAGCCGUUUGGAUAGUGAUGUUACUGUCUUUCAAUUUCGUCCCAGUAUUGUUGUCAGUGACUGUGAGGCAUUCACAGAGGACACAUGGGAUCAUAUUCAGAUUGGCCAAGUGGAGAUGAAGAGAGUUGUUGGCUGUGGAAGAUGCCUCUUUACCACCGUUGACCCUGAGACUGGAGUCAUCACCCGGAAAGAGCCACUGAACACGCUCAAAAACUAUCGACUGACUGACCCUAACCAGAAAACUUCGCCAAUAUUGGGACAGUACUACACCGUCAAGAAAACGGGUAUCCUUCAUGUUGGUGAACCCGUUUAUACGAUCACCUAUUGAAACUGGGCCGGAUGGAAUGAUAUAUCAAACCAUAUAUCAAAAUCGAGUGAUUAAUUUACAUGCGGACUAA